AUGGCCCACCUCUCUGUCGUCAUUGCGCGCGUCAAGGCCGUCGACAGCCGGCGCAAGGAGUUCAAGGAGCACGCCAAGUACCGCGACUCGCUGGUCAAGCGGCUCGCCUACAAGGCCACGAGCAACAAGGACAAGUUCGCCGCGCGCGCGCAGAAGGAGACGGGCUACUUGGACGCGCCACUCGACAACGUGUCCCGCAAGCACCAGGCCGACCUCCCGGUGCUGCGUCCGUUCCUGAUCAGCAACCGGCUAGUAUUUGAGAUCAUGCAUCAUGUUUUCAUUCCCCUGGUGGUGUCCUACGCGCCGCGCACUACAACAUUCCCCGACGACAUCAUCAACGCCUUUGGCGGCGUCAUUGGAGCCUUGACCCCUAUUCUGGGCAGCUUCCGGUGCGGCAUUCCAAGGAAUUUCUCUCUGCAUGGCAUGUGCUGGUCUUACCACGGGCCGUUCAGGCGAAGGCCGUCGUUCCCGAGCUAGUCGUGGGCUAGCUAGGACUUUGCCUCGCACCAUGACGACGGCGGCCGGUUCGAAUACCUGACGCCGCACGGGGCGGGGCAGCUGAUUCGCCCU